ACCGAGGAGAUGAUGAGCUGAAAUGGGAGGUUCUCGACUAACAACUCUUUCAAUGGAGACUCAUCACCCAUCCACACUCUUGUCUAUGGAUUCCAGUGCUUCUUCUCAUGACGAAUUGGAUUUGGAAAUGAACCGCCAAAUUGUGCUCUCCCGCCCGCCAGAUAUCAACCUUCCCCUGUCUGCCGAGCGCAGCCCGCCCCAGCAGCCAUGGAGCUCCGAUCCGUGUGACAUUUUAGAUGUUGGACUUGGCUCGCAGGUUUAUGAGACUGAGAGCUUCCUCAUUGCCCCUAAGGUCGGGCGGAAAUGCGUGAAGCGCGUAGAUUGUAUCUGGGGUGCUUGGUUUUUCUUCAGUUUCUACUUCAAGCCUGCGAUGAAUGAUAAGUCAAAGGCCAAGAUCAUCAGGGACAGUAAUGGGAUUUCUGGGUUCGAAAAGUCUGAUCUGAACCUUGAUAUUUUCAUGGUUCAACAUGAUAUGGAGAACAUGUAUAUGUGGGUUUUUAAGGAGAGGCCUGAUAAUGCACUGGGGAAAAUGCAGCUUAGGAGUUAUAUGAACGGUCAUUCUCGCCAAGGGGAGCGCCCCUUUCCAUUUAGUGUCGAUAAGGGUUUUGUUCGAUCUCACAGAAUGCAACGGAAGCAUUAUAGGGGUCUCUCGAAUCCUCAGUGUGUUCAUGGAGUUGAGGUUGUUCCAUCUCCCAAUUUGAUGGGUCUUGAUGAAGAAGACAGGAAGAGGUGGGUGGAACUCACAGGCAGGGACUUGAAUUUCACCAUUCCCUCUGAGGCAGGUGAUUUCAGUUCAUGGAGAAAUCUACCCAACACUGAUUUCGAACUUGAGAGGCCAACCUCUAUAAAAACUGCCUCGAAUUCUCACUCAAAAAAACUGCUCAACGGAUCUGUGCUUAAUUUGUCAACUCAGCCAUCGAACCACAAUAACUGCGAUGGGAUGGAUUUAUCGCCCGUCAGCAGUAAAAGGAAGAAGGAUUUCUUCUCAAACGGUAACGAUGAUGAUUGCUACUUGGCUGUGAAUAAUAAUCACACAUCCGAUCGCAUUUCCGAUAUGGAAGUCCACCCAACUGAGCCACAUUGGUUAAACGACUUUAGUGGUGUAAUGAAGAAUGUUUACGGGCCCGUAACAGCUGCCAAGUCGAUAUAUGAGGACGAUGAAGGUUAUUUAAUCAUCAUCAGCUUGCCUUUUGUUGACCUUCAGAGCGUUAAAGUUUCUUGGAGGAACACGCUCACGCACGGUAUCAUAAAAGUGUCUUGCAUGACCACGUCGGGCAUGCCCUUCAUCAAGAGACAUGAUCGAACAUUCAAGCUUACAGACCCAUCUCCAGAACACUGUCCCCCGGGUGAAUUUGUAAGGGAGAUCCCGCUGGCAACUCGGAUUCCUGAAGAUGCUAAUAUAGAAGCAUAUUACGACGGCCCAGGAUCUGUCCUCGAGAUUAUGGUGCCGAGACUCCGUGUCGGGCCCGAAGAACACGAAGUUCGUGUCUGCCUUCGCCCCCACCUUGGGGGCAAUGAUCUUAUGUUAACUUGAGAUGUCCAUGUCCCAUCUGUUUAGGCGAUCAAUAACAGUUAUCGCUGGAGGUAGGCACACUUCGCUGUUUACUAACUAAGCUUCCUUUUAGUGUUUUUUGUUCAUGGGAAGAGAAUGUACUUUUCUAUUUGCUCCUUUUGCUAUUCUUUCCUCACUAAAUUUAUGCUUCAUAUUUAGAAAUUGAUUGCAAGUAUACUGAGCAUAUGUAUGAACUUAAUAUUUGAUUUUUUUUUUUUUUGUGUCAUUUAUACAAAUAUCAUUGGUUGGAUUA